CACGAAAUCGUACUCUCUCUACGUCUGUCUUGGCAUUCGUCUCCGGUUCCCACCACCUAAAGCGGGACCCGCAGCCUCCUCUCGCAUCGUAUAGUAUCUAUAUAUGACCCCAUGGCACACCCUUCCCGCCAAUUCAACUGAUCCACCCCCGGGUGCACAUUUGGACGAACACUUGGCGCGCGGAAGAUGAGAAGGGACAGAGAGAGAUCACCUGAGGGUUGUCCCGUGGCAGAGAUGAUGGAGUGCGACGGCAGCGGAGCGGGGGAGAGGCGGUACAAGGGGGUGCGGCGGCGGAAGUGGGGGCGGUGGGUGUCCGAGAUCCGGCUCCCCAACAGCCGCGAGCGAAUCUGGCUCGGCUCCUACGACACGCCCGAGAAGGCCGCGCGGGCCUUCGACGCCGCCCUCGUCUACCUCCGCGGCCGCCGCGCCCAGCUCAACUGCCCCGACGCGCCCCCGCCCCGGAUCGCUGGCGCAGGGCCACUCACUUACCAGCAAAUCCAGGCCGCCGCGGCGCGCCACGCCGCCGGCGACCCAUCCGAGGCCCCGGGUGCCACGCUGCCGUCGCAACCCUCGGAGGAGGCCUCGGACGGGUUCACUGUCGGGAGCGGGGUGGCGCUCGACUGGUCGUUCUUGGACCCGCCGCAGCAGGAGGAUCUGCCGACAGGAGGUGGGAAAUUCCCGGUGGCGAUGGACGAGUUCAUGUACGAACUCUACUCGCCGAUGUCGGCAGCGCAGCCGGCGGAAAUGGCGGAGGAUCACGGCCAUGUGGACUACGGUUCCGGGUCUUCUCUCUGGAGUUUCUGAGCGUCA